CUGGUUGAAUCCUCGCUUCGAACACAAGUCGUGUAUCAGUUGUAUAGUCGCCGUGACACUGUUUGGACGUACACACCAUAGCCGAUCCCGAAGAAAGCUCGAAUCAAAAUUCAACCGUUUCUCUUUUUUUUUAUUAUUAUUUCUGAUUCAACCGUUUUGCUUGACGAAAAAAAAAGAAAAUUUCAUUCAAUACCAAGGAUUGCAAUAAAGUAGUCAACACAAUUGAAAACAAAACGAAAAAGAAAAAAGAAAAAUCAACGAAAUCAACGACUCAAUUGCAUUGUUAGUUGAAUUAUUUUUUUCCCUUUGUUUCUUGAAAUCAAUUUAAAUUUUAGAAGAAAAAAAAGAAGAAAAAGAUUUCGUUCCAGAAAAAGUCAAAGAAAAAGAAAAAAAAGCGGAAAAAAUUGUGUGCGCGUGAUUUUAUAUGUGUGUGGUCUUCGAUGUCACGACGAAUUUUGAUUUUCGAGUGAAAAAUGUAACGAACAUUUUUAAAUUCGUUUUAUUUGUUGCUGUUGUCGUUGUUGUUGUUCAUUUGCUUGUUGUUGUUGUUUUAUUUUACGUUCUUCAAAUCGUACAAAAGUCAAUUUUUGUUAUCAUUUUCGUUUUUCGGUUGAAUUACUGCCGCCGCCGCUGCUGCUGUCGCCUUCGAACGGGGCAACGAAUUCGGGACAGAGUUUAUUUUCAAAAAUAAUUGUCAACGGUUGUUCAGUGUUAAGCUGCUCGAUGUGUUUUGUUUGUGCGAGCGAGAAUUAUUUUUCAAUUUUUUUUUUCCUUCUCUUCCGCUUUUAAUUCAUGCAUCGGGAAUUCCUUAAUUCUUUUUUUCCUCUCGUCGCUUCGUUUUCUAUUUCUUUUUUGUUUCGUUUUUCGUCUAUUGUACCUGCCAACCGAAAUCUUUUUUAUUUCGUCUUCAAACGUGGAUGAACGUGGAUCGCGCGCGCGUCUAUCUCUCACACAAAAUUUUUUUUCUUCGCUUUCAGUUAUUCUUGUUGUAUUUGUUUCUGUUAAAAAUAGACAAGAUUUCUAUUCCGGUGAGAAUAUUCAUUAUGAUUAUUAUUUCGGUGGGCCUAACACAUUAGCAAAUGAAAAAAAAAAAAAUCGCGAUCGCAACGGGUCAGAAUUUAUUAAUUAUAUCGAUAAAAGAAAUGAAAAUAAAAUAAAAUAUUAAACAUAAUAAUCAACAAAGGAUUUAAGUAUCGAGCGUUUGAUCGUUCGCAAAUGAUCGAAGCAUCAUCAAUGAACAGCUGUUGUUAAUGCAUUGUCAUAUGUUGUUGUCGCAUUUUAAAAAUAGUCCACCCAGCGGCAUCAAAUAGAAAGCAACAACAACACUAGUAACCACAUUUUAUUUUGUACACCGCGUCAACGACGACGACGGCGACGACGACUACCGCGAAAAAUUCGAAAAUAUUGUAUGUAUUGCAUUGGUGACCAACUCAUCGUCGUCGUCUGCGUUGUAAAGUGACAUCAUUUUCAACAAUUACUCCAACAAUCAACCAGAGUCACACAGACUGGCAUAGAGAGAGUGGAAGAGUAGCGUCAACAAGCUGAACGCGUGGCAAGUCGGAAACGUGCACAAUUCACGACAAAAUAUUCCGUGGAAUCGUUUGCAUUCAAAUCCAUAAAAUGGAUCGGCCGAUGUGACAAAAUGUAGGCGAACGGUCCGAAUCGGAUUAUUUUUUUUUAAGUUGAUAAUCAUCUUGGUCUAUUUUUUCAAGCCAAUUUAUUAAGUACGUAUCGAUUUUUCACAUACUUUCUAUUUUCAUUAAAUUAUUCUUUCGAGUAUUAGAGGUUGUUGUGUUCGGUUCGAACAGCAUAAUUCGGGACAACAUUGUGAUUUUAUAUAGUUACUUUGUUCAUUUAAAUAAUUGCAAAUCGCGUUUACGAUAAAAGGAGUUUUUAAGUGAAACAACAUUCGGUUUAAGUAGAAACUCAAUUAAUUUGCAUUUCCGCAUCGAUUCCAUGUUGAAUCGACAUAAUUGUUUUUAGUGUACGUGACGAUUGAACUAUCGAGAACAAUUUAAAAAAAUAAAACAAACAAUCUUCGAAUAAAAGGUUAGCGGUAAUAAACAAUAGAUAAAAUAUAUAUUGCGAGAAAAACGGGAUAAAACACCAGGCAUAACGAAAGUUGUGGUUGAUUUGACGCAUGACAGACGGAAAAUUGAGCGUGCAAUCUAAUUUUUGCUGUGUGUACAACCUGAAGCCCGUCGCAAUGAAUCGAGUGGGCCAGGAAUGUACGUAAUAUUUCCAGCUGAUGAAUUAAUAUAUAUGACAUACGGUGCUGCAAUACCACGAUUCAAACCACGACCAACUCUGGAUAACUUGCGCGAGCCAUUAGUCCCUUUUGAUACCUUACCCAACCACAAAACAUCCCAAAACCCAUCCAAUCGCCAAUCCUAUCCUCAAAACUCCAAUGCGAGCAACGAACAAAAGCUACAAAAACAACGACAGCAACAACAACAGCAGCAAAAACAGCAAAAACCAAGCAACCCUAAGCCAGAGCCGAAGCCGAAACCAGAGUCAAAGCCAAAGCCAGAGCAAAAACCAAGUAAAAAGAAGGAAAAAACUGAUAUUUUUGGCUACACCAGUCUUGAUUCACGCGAACCAUCAAUCUAUCCCGACGACGUGUAUGUAAGCGGUGCCAUAGCACAAUCAUCAAAGCGAUCAACCGCCACCACCACCACCACCACCACCGCCACCACCUUCUCACUACCCAGUCCCAGUGCAUCAUCGUCAUCAAGCGUUAAACAACCGCUACCACCACCGUCUCCAGCUCGCAUUCAGCAAGCAAUAACAACAAGCAACGGAAAGCCACCCGGAAAAUCGAAAAGUCGACUGCACCUUGGUCUAGGCAUAUUUGGAUCAAAACAACAAACAACACCCGAACCGGCCCGUUUACGUACGUACCACGAAUUCCGUGUGUCAAAUCCAACAUUUACACGGGAAAAUAUAUCGGCACGGAAUUAUGAUGCGUUUUUCGAAUCGGGCGAACCAGUGUAUCGCCUUGAGCAUCGAACACCGGUAAUACCGCACGUCGAAUCGGAUCCAUUCGAUAGUGAAACCGCAAAGCGGCCUCAUUCAUUUGGUUUAUUUUCGAAAAUGUCAAAAUCAAAGGAAACAACUGCCGCCGUCGCUGCCUCCGCCAAAUUGAAUGCUCGAUCGCGUAGCAGCGAUCCAAUGAGCAUGGUGUCCGAGAAAGACAACGUCACAAAAACAAGUCGUAGUCUAUUCAACGGUUGGCGUAGUGGAGGUGCCUUAUCAGGCACAGGCACCUCUAGUAACAAUCACAUCAAUAAUUUUAGUGAAUACCCAUCAUUUCAAACCACGACCACUACACGAAUAAUGGCUACCUCAUCAGGAAUUUUUAAAGAUUGUACUCAUAUUACAUUUAAUGACACCAUCAAAUCGCAUAACAAUGUUACAUUCAAAUUAGUUAAAACAGUAUCGGAUUUUACGCAACAACUAUCGCAAUUGUAUGAACAUCAUGGUGAAUCCCUUCAAAUGCUUGUCUCAACAUUUCGCAAACGAAAUAGUGAGCUGCGUAAAGAAAGGCCAUCCUGUCCGUCAACAUUGUUCCAGGCGUGGGAAACGUUUCUGCAAGAAAUCGAAGCGGAUUCGGUCACGGCAAAUGACAUAGCCAAAACGCUAUGCAGACAGGUAUCCGAACCGAUUUUGGCGAAAACGUUUCAUCGCAAAGUUCAAAGCAAAAAAGUUUUCACUCAUCGAGAAUCGUUUGACGUGAUCAUCGCAAAGACUGAAGAAAAAUUGGCGCAGUGUCGCAUGGAUUAUAAGCAUUGUUUUAUGGCACAUCGUCAACAGCCUAGCCAACAAACGCUUACUAAUUACAUCGAUUCGCAUAAUACAUACGUUCAACAGCUGCACACCACGAACGCAAUGCUCGAAUGGUAUAACAUCGACACGGUACCGCAGUUGAUGCAAGAACUUGAGGACAUUUACAGUGAUUUGUGCGGAAUUGUGUCCGAGGCGAUUUUCAAUGGAGCCGACAUCAUUUCGGCAAAGGCCAAUGAUCAAUUAAAACGUUAUGAUAGUUUGACAAAUCAAUGCAAAGGCAUAUCACCACAACAGGAUUUGACCAGUUUUGUGAAAAUUCUACAGCCCGAAUCGCCACCAAAAGUUCCUAAAAAGUCAUAUGCUGCACCAGUCAAUGAAGUUGAUGAGGACCAGUCACCAAUUCCAUUUAGAAAUGAGCUUAUUGUAGACCGAAAUGCAUCAAUUCAAAUCCGUCCUUCAGUAGACGCACUUAAAAGAGAAACCAUUGAAAUUGAAACACAAAUCAAACAGCUGCAGGAGUCAUUGGAGUCUUUAAUUCGGGCGCAAAUUCGUGUACUUGAAAGUCAACUGUUCAACAAAUCAAGUGAACUGCAGGAGGAUAUUUCAAUGAAGAAAUUCGAUUUGCAGACAAAACGAUUGCAUUUGGCAGCACUACGGGCUCAGAAAGAGUUGUUUUUGGGAAAAGCCGAUCUAGGAUCACCACCACGUACCGAACGAAAAUUAUCCACAUCGAGUUCAUCCAUGAAGACAAAGUGGUUGAAAGCGUUUCGCAGUCUUAAACCGGCUACAGCCAUUGCGGGCACUGUUAAGAAAAAUGCAGAUCAGUCAAGCAACGGGCGACGAGUUUUCGAUGGUGAAAAUCACAACUUACAGGAAUACACAUACAAGAAGAUUACACCGUGCGACGUUUGUUCACAGGUUUUGAGAGGUCACACACGACAGGGGCUUCGAUGUCGAAACUGCAAAUCGAACGUACAUGUCGAUUGUGCCGCUCAAUUACCCAAAUGCCAAGCAAAACAAAAGCUGUUGCGACGACAAAAAAGCACAUCAGAAAUCGUGACAAAUCGUGUCGACAUCGAUGACAAACCAAACGACAUAGACCAAAUCUAUCGUGUACUGAAACAAGCUGGGGAAUUAUCUGGUGAUAAGACGAAUACAAAUGCCGUGUCGAUCGCGUCGGGUAGUGGCAAUGCCAUUUCGGUUGCAGCUCAACAAUCAAAUGCAAACACCGCUAGCAGCGGUGGCGGCGGCGCCAUUAUGCCAGAUAUACCGAUUGUUACCGAACCAGAUUAUCCAGAACGCGUACCAACCGUACCAUCGAUUGGAGGAUCUAUAUUUACGAGAACUCAUGGUACAAAUGAACGAUCGAACAAAUUAGCCGUAGCUCCAUUAUUAGAUGUAUCGAGUUCAGCCCCACAUUCGCCACGUCGUCAAAAAUUGAAUUUGCGUAUGAAAUCGUUGAGUUUGGAUUCGCCCGAAUCGACUGAGCUACAUGGUCACAUUAAGCGACGUUAUCCACCAUCUGGGCCAGUUCAUUUUAACAUACAGGGAGGUUCAGCUGGUUUACUCGACCACAAUACACCACCGUCAAAUAAUAGCCGAUUACACUCUCCACUGAGUCCAUCAACAGCACGCAGACUUGGCUAUAACCGUAAUCUACGCACGGCUUCUGUUGAGUUACCUGAUGAAGUAGGUGAUAAAAGUUUAUCGUCAGCAAGCACAUCACCAUGCUCGUCGCCGGGCAGACAAAAUCUGAAAGCUCAUCGCCUUUUACCGACCAAUUUAUAUGUAGUAUUAUACAACUUCAAAGCACGACACCCCGAUGAAUUGGAUUUGACGGCUGGAUUCAAAGUGACAGUUAUUGAUCAUUCGGAUCCGGAUUGGUGGCGUGGCAAGUGCUUGGGUCGGGUCGGUUAUUUUCCAUCGAAAUAUGUGGCGCGAUUGCAAGCCGGCGAAAGGCCAUUGCAAGUACUGCAAAAUCUUCAAAUUUCCGACAGCGGUGAUAAGAACGGAACCAUGACAUUGCUCCGAGAUCAAAUUGUCGUUCAGUGCGGUGACGAAGUGUGUGGAUCGGUAAUGGUUCGAUCGGUUGACAACCGGCAAGGCAUUUGUCCGGUGAAAUAUCUACAAGAGGUGUGACAGCCGAAUCGUAAACGAGCCGUUGCCAACGUCAAAGCCGAAUCAACGAAACCAAGAAUCAAUUUGAAUGUUACGAAAACGCAAAAAGUGGUUAAUUCUCAGGCGAAAAUGGGACGACAACGGGGAGGAGCACAACCGACCAAAUUAACAAAAUUGACCGGUUUUUGUGAUAUCGUUAAUCAAGCGAAAUUGAAGAAAACGGGCGGUAAAACCAGUAGCGCAAAGCCAACAGCAGCGAUGACAAAAACGACCACGGCCAAAACGAUUGAAAGGACAAAAACGACGACCACCUCGGUAGCGAGCACAAAAUCGAAAAGUGCCGACAAAUGGGAAGAGUUUCGUGAAAAAAAAUUGGCCGAAAUGAAGCAGCAUAAGAUUAACGUUGAACGACGCAUGCAAACGAGUUGUAAUAUUGAUGGGCAAAUGUAUUGGAGCCAACGCACGGACAAAUUGAAACGAUAUCCAAAACAUGAAGCGUUGCAUCCAUCAUGGUAUACGGAGAAUAUUUAUUCAAAUCAUUCAAUCGAUUUGGAAUCGGAUGACUUUUUCGCCAACGACGAUCAAUACGGCCCAAAUGACUAUGAUCGCGAAACAUCGUUUCAUCGAAAGAAGCCACAUAUCGAUACGGGCUAUGGUUAUCCAAAAUCGCGAAGUUGUUGUUUCGGAAGUGGAUACGAUGAGCGACCGAAGCCAGUAUUAAUGCCAAAAUCCAGUUCGUUUACAGGGACGGGCGGCAGUAGAGGUGUUAGCAAUUUUCGAACGAUGUACAGUACGGUGGAGGAGGAAAGCUUCUUGGAAGUGCGUCGUCAAAAUAAUAGCCGGAAUAAUCUAAGUGGCCUGCGAAAGUUUUAUUGUUGGGAAAAUGAUCGACAGCCGAGCAUCGAUAAAGAUGAACUGUACGCAAACUCACAUAAUCACCUAGACGUCGAUUGUUACAUGAAAAAUCCCGAAGUCUAUCAAAUCGAACGUGAUCGAAAUUAUUAUAAAAAACCAAAUGUCGAUAUUCAUGACGUACAAGCGACCACAAAUGCCAAUUACAUACGAAAUAUUUGGCACAAUCGAAAUCGAAGCUCAUCCCUCUACAAAGUGCAAAAUAUUAAUGAAAUCAAUGGCAAUUAUCUGGAAGAUUUUAGCAAUAUACCGUCGUAUGAUGUGGCACCGAAACGCCAUCAUCAUGAUUUGGACAGUCAUCACCCGUUCGAAGAGGAAUAUUUGAUAAUUCAUCAAAAUAAGCCGAAUAUCAAUUUAUAUUCGGCACGGAAUAGCUUCGACGAUCCGGGUUCGGUGAGCCGGCGGCAGAGUUAUCAUUCGAAUGAGAUGUAUGCCAGUGAUAUGGAUCCGUAUAGUGAACGGUCUUGCUAUAUGGGUCGUGAUAAAAAUUGCAUGGACAUGAGUUUGGGGCAUGCAACUAAUCGAGAUCAUCAAACCACGCGCCAUAGUAUCCGAUCGAAAAGUAUGCUGGAAGUACAGCCACCCAGCCAUUGGGACGAUGACACAUCCUCCGAUUCGACCAUUGAUGAUUUGUACGAUUUUAAUUUUGAUUUUGUCAAUCAAUACGAUUUGGACUAUCGUAACAAUAACAACGCAACGAAAAGUAUGUUGUUAGCCAAGAACAGUAGUCAUCCGUUGUACAAGGAGAAAAAUAUUAAUGUCGACAAUUAUUCAAAGUAUCGGAAGAGCAACAUGGACAUCAUUGACGAUACCGAUAAUGAUAUAAACGAUGUUGACUUUGACAACAAUAGCCAAAGUGACGAGGAUGAAGACAUCAAUUUCAACAGUUUGACAUCGCCCAGGCACGAUCGUUCCCGUUACCACCACCACCAUCAACAUCAAUCAUCACAGGAUAAUGAAUAUCUGCUCUCGAAUCGUAGUGCUCGUGCACGAUACUAUGAUAACUGUUUGUCGUCGACAUCCGAAUUUUAUCCAACCAUCAGCAGCAACAUUAAUAAUAAUAAUAAUCAAAAUGUCAUUAGUCCCAACGGAAAUAGAACAAUAAAUGAAGGUCAUCAUCAAAUCAACAAUAUGCAUUCGGACGAUAAUAAAAUCAACAACAACAAUAACAAUAAUAAUAAUGUUGAUUCGCUGGACGAUGGUAACGCAAAUAUUAAUAGCCAAGAAAGUAAUGGAGCGAUUAGUUUAAUCAACAAUAUCUUUUCGAUUUAUAAACCACGAAAGUAUUCGCCGGUGAGUUGCCGUGCGGCAAGUCAAAAAGCAUGUGGCAUUACGAAAAGCAUGAACGUACCGAGCACAGUGAGACCAUUAGGUGCACCAUAUAAUGAUUUUCUGACAUCGAUGAAACGACCGUUAACCAUAACACCAUCCUGUUUUACCACACAGAAACGUAACUGGAUUAUGCCGCCCACUGCGUCCGUCGAUCAGGCACACUUCAAAAUCAUUCCAGAGAAAACGGGCUUGAAAAUCUCACCGUUAUAUCGCUUUGGCUACGAAGAUGACAGUAAACUACGACUCAAAUGUACCGCCCGACCACUGCUCUUUCCCCUGUAAGUUUUCUUGUUUUGGCUAGAGAAUAAACGAAUUGUGGACGGAGAAAUGAAUGCAAACGAAAAAGAAAGAAAAAACUUGAAAAAAAAAAUUAAAAAAAAAAAA